ACAGUCAAACAUAACCUCGCUCACUACCGGCUGAUGCAUAUAGAAAAAAGUCAAACAGUCUAUAUCGUCGUGGCAAGUUUAUUUAUAAAUAAACAUUAUUAAUUAGAUAAAAGAAAUUUUUGAAAAAUGGGAGUUUUACUUGGUGUAUUUUUAAUUGUCUUUGUGCUAUUAAUUGUUGGACUAAUUUUGUCACAAUUAUUUUGGCGUAAACGUCUAAAAAAUAUUCAAGGACAACAUGUUGUGAUUACUGGAGGUUCAAGUGGAAUUGGUAAAUCAUUUGCAAUUUUAGCUGCUAAAAAUGGAGCAAAUGUAACAAUCAUUGCAAGAGAUAUAAAAAAAUUAGAAACAGCUAAAAAUGAAAUUCAACAUUCAUGUCAAAAUAAAGAUAAACAAAAAAUAGAAUAUUUAUCUCUUGAUGUAGCAAGUAGCUUUGAAAAUAUUGAAAAAUCAUUUAAUGAGCUAGAAAAAAAUUCAGGACCAAUAUUUAUGUUGGUAAAUUGUGCUGGAAAAGCUAUUGGUGGUAAAAUUGAAGAUUCAAAAAUAGAUGAUGUUAAAUUCAUGUGGAAUUUAAAUUUUUUGGGUACAUAUCAGUGUAUUAAAGCUGUUGUUCCAAGAAUGAAAAAUUCAAGAGAUGGAAUAAUUAUAAUAACAUCUUCAAUGGCUGCAUUUUCUGGAGUAUUUGGUCUAUCAGCUUACAGUAGUACUAAAUUUGCACUUCGAGGACUUGCAGAGAGUCUCAAAAUGGAAUUGAAUCCUUAUAAUAUUUUUGUAACUAUGGCAUUACCACCAGAUACUGAUACACCUGGUUUUGCUAUUGAAGAAGCAACAAAACCACUUGAAACAAAAUUAAUAAGUGAUUCUUGUGGUACAUUUAGUCCUGAUGUUGUUGCCAAUCAAAUGCUUGAAGAUUCAUUGGCUGGAAAAUUUUUUUCUACUGUUGGAAUGGAAGGAUUUUUACUUGGUUUUCUUUGUGCUGGUAUGUCACCAGUAUGUUCAAUUGGACAAGUCAUUUUGGAAUUUUUAUUGAUGGGAUUUUGUAGAAUUAUUGGUGCUUGUUAUCUUGCUACUUUUAAUAACACAAUUAAGAAAUGCAUGAAGACUCGUGAUCAAAAUAAAAAAUGUGAAUAAAAUCAUAUGUAUUUUUAAAAACAUCUUGAAAUAUCAAUUCAAUUUAUUUUGUCUUUUUUUUUUUAUAUUUAACAAUCAGUAUUUUUUUUAAUAUAAAAAAAAAGCUUCAAUUAAAAUAUGUAACUAGUUUAUUUGUCAUGCAACCAGAAAAACAAAUACACUGGAAUUUAAAUUAAUCAAUAAAAAUUUCUCAGGGCAUUUUCGUCAUUUCGAUUUUACCAAUAAAAUACUAUAAGUUUCAUUGAAAAAGGUAUAUGAAGUAAAUAAUAAAUUGCUUUAUUCAAAAUAAAAAUAAAUAAAGUAAAUAAUUUUUUUUUUUUUUUUCAAUUGUAAACAGUUUACUUUUAUUUGAUAUCCCGUAAUUUUUUUUUUUUUAAUUUUUCCCAAAUGUUGUUUAUUAUAAGCCUCAUGGUUUUUACACACAUAAAACUGGGACUUUUUUAUUUUGGUUUUAUUUUUUUUAAAUUAUCAUUAAUAUUAAUUUUUUUUAUUUUUUUUUUCAUGUCAUUAUGCCACAAUAUAUUUAAAACAAUAGGAAUAUGAUCUUUUUAUGUGUAAAUUUUAUUUUUUAAUUGAUGGCAAUGAAUAAAGUUCUACCUCAGUCGAAUCACCCUGAUUGUUUACUUUAUUUAUUCAUUUUUAUAGAUUUUUUUUCGUUAAUUUUCUAUUUUAAAAAAAUUGAAAUUAAUUUUUUUUUUUUAGCAAUUUAAUAUACAUUGCGCUAAAGUGAGACUGACAAUAGAUACUCAUUCAACUCCACUUUGAUGAUCCGCAUUUUAAAGUCAAAGACAUCUUUGGUCUUUUAUUAAUUUUUUUAUUUUUUAUUUUUUCAUUCUUGCAAAGUGAAUUUCAAUUGUAAAUGCAAUGAUUAUUUAUUCACACUCAUUCUAUUUUUUUUUUUUUUCAAUUGAGCUUGCAUAAACAUUUAUUUUUUGUUGUUUUAAUUUUAUGUUUUUUUUCAUUCGUACAAUUUGUCUUUGAAGUCUAGGCAUCAUAUCGAGGAUUUAAUUUAUUAUAAAUAAACUUAAUAAAUCCUUGAGACAAGGCCUGCUUCGAGGUCAACUUGUUAUUAAUAAUUUUAUAUAUUUUUUUUUUUAUAAUCUUAUCUAUUAUUAUUUUUCAAUUAUGUCCAUUCAUUCGCCCGCUCGACAAAUUAGUAGAAAUUUUUCUAUAUAAUCAUAGUGUUUUAUUUUUUUUUUUACUUUAUAUCUUUGAUUAUUUUCAUCGAGCGUUCGAACCAGUGGACGCGACUUAUCACCGCUUAUGUAAACAUAAUAUUUAUUAUCAAUGGACGAUGCGCAAUAUAUUUUUUAUUUAAUUUUUUCAAAAUUUUGAUGUGAUUUAUAAUUUCUUGUCUAUUACCUCGAAGCCUUCAAUUGGAUAAUAAUACUUUAUUGUUGUUGUUUUUUUUUUUUUGUUAUUAUACAUCUGCCAAAAUUCGGUUUAUUUGACUUUUAAAUUUUUCGACACAUACUCAUAUAGGUAGGCAUACGAGGACACGUCAAAGAAAUUAUUUUUAAAUUAAUAUACAAUUUUUUAUAUUCACAAAAUAAUUAUAUUUAAAAAAAAAAUCGAAUUUUUCAAUUAGUUUGAUGGGUUGUCAAUCGAAUGUCAAUUAAAUGUUCGACUUUUUUUUUUUUUUUUUUUUUUUUUAAAUAAACAACUAUUAACCUAUUGUUUAAAUAAAAUCAAUAAAAAUAAAAAUUAACAAAUAAAUAAUUUACAUAUAUAUACUAAUUAUAUAAAAUAAAAAUUUUUUUUUUAAAUUUAUAUUUUUCGACGUAUUCUCGUAUUAGUCAAAAAAAAAAAAAAAAAAUUAUUAUUUCAUGACAAUUAUUACCGAGUAUACUUUGUCAAUGAGCCUGACACUUAAGACGGAUUGUGGGGCGUAUAAUUAAAAUAAAAAAUUAAUAAUAAAUCAGUCGAUCUUGAUAAAUCCACACGAUGAAUUUUAAUUUUUUUAAAAAUUUCUAAAAAUUAUCAUUCAUUGUGUAGAAAAUUUCAAGUUCCAUCAAGCGCACAAAUAAAAACAAUUUAUUAUUAUUAUUAAUAUUAUCAUUAUUAGUAUUAUUAUUAAUAUUAUUAUUAUUAUGACUAUUUUCUAAAAAUAAAAAAGAAUUUGAAAAAUAAUAAAAACAAAAACAAUUUGAGAUAUAUUUUUUUUUUUCGAAUUCUUUUUUAAUUUUAUUUUUCAUUAGUUUUCGAAAUCAACUCAAGGCAUGGUGUUUUUAAUACCUACAAUAGACAUUGGUACAAAAAUUCAAUGCUGCUACAAUAUUCUAGACAAAUUUUUCAUAUAUAUAUAUAUUUAUAUAGAUUCAUUCAUUUUCUGUAUAUAUAAUUUUUCUUUUUUUUUUUUUGUCUCAUGGUUUUGGUAUUUUUUUCUUCAAAGAAAUAACGGGGACGAUUCUCAUCAUCUUCUGCGUUUUCGUGGAGGCAAACACGCGUUUAAAUAUAUUUAUUUAAUUAUCUAUUUAAUCGCGAGGCCACCCGAGAAAGAGAAGAUUUUUUUUAUUAAUUUUUUCUUUUUUCGUUAAUGUUUUUUCUAUAUAAAAAAAAAAAUUAUGAAUAAUAUUGAGAAUUGGUCCGAGUUACAUCUUUUUUUUUUUAAAUGAAAUUGUGUCAUUCGACCAACGCUAGAGUGGCGUCAGUCCAACAAACAAACUUUUCUUUCCGUCCUUUUUUUUUUUUAAUCUUUUUUAUCUUUUAGUUCUUUAGCCAUCAAUAAUUAUUGGUUAACAAUAGUAACAGACAAUAUUCAUCUAGUGUCGUUUUUAUUAAAUUUUAAUUUCGCUCAUUCUUGAAAUUUCAGUGUCUAAAUUUCAUUCAUGUUUUAUUAAUCUUUCAAAUUUUUAUUUCUUUUUUAGUAAUUAUUAAUUCUUAUUAUUAUGUUGUUAUUAAUGUGUUACAUUAAUAGCAGCGUGUGGCCAGCCCAUGCUAUCCUUUAGUCAAUUUGACAAUUUUUUUUUUAAAUUAAAAUACAUUCAAUUUUGUCAUGAAUUUUAAAUUUAAUUAUAUAUUAUUUUCUUUAAUUUAUCGCAUAAUAAUUUUUAUCAGCAAUUGAGCAUUAAUUUUCCGACAAAUUAUCUUACAUUUUUCAUUUUUUUUUUCUAAAUAAUUAUCAAAAUACAAUUUUUUUUUUUAAUGAUGAAAUUAAAAUAAACAACAAUUAACAAUUUUUGAUAAAACAAAUUUACAAAUUUUCAUAAUAUUAACGAUAAUUUUUUUAACUACUAUUAUUAUUCUUUUUUAAAAGUCAAAUUAGCUUGCUGAUUUUUCAAAAAUUUAAUUAACGGUUAGCACAGGCGGCCAGACUCAAAUUUGUCUGGUUUGAUUGUUUUUUAAAUUUUUGUAGCGUGUGUUUGUUUUUAAAAUUUUUCUUUAUAUGAUUCAGAAAUUACACAGUAAUGUAGUUAAUUUAAUGUAACACGUACGGCAUAUUAUAAUAAUUAAUGUAUUGUUAUUUAAAACUAAUUUAUUUACAGACAAUCACAUGAAUCAUAUAGGUAAUCUAAAUAUCGUUCGUAUAAUUUUUGGUUUAUGAUUUUCUUUAUUUAUUCAUUUUUUAGUCUCUUUAAUUUUAUUUUUCGCAUUAUUCUGAUUUUUUUUUUGUUGUAACUCUGCCUAGCAAAUUCAAUCCCUAAUCACCAACUUGACCCAAAAAAAUUUCGCUAAAAGUAUCCUCAUUUUUUGAAUUUAAAAAGAAAAAUAUUUUUUUUUCAUUUCCAUUGAGCUGAAAUUUGUUCAAUACUUGUUAUUUUUUUUUUUUUCUUUCUAAAUCCUUUCAUUUGGUUUUCCUUUUUAAAUAUCAUUUACUAUAUGUAAUAUAUAAACAAGCAACAACAUGUAAAUAUUUUUUUUAAGGCAACGUCAUUUCAAGUUCUUUUUAAAAAAAAAAAAAAUUAAAUAAACAUAUAUAAGUACAUAUUAAUAAAAGUAAAAACAAGUGCUCAGAUAUAUUUACGAUUUUCGAUGAAUAUCUUUUAAAACACGAUGAAUAAAAAUAUAUUUUUUUUUAUGAUUGCUAUUAUUGGCAAAUCUUAAUUGGAUCUACACAGUUAUUAUUAUUCUUUCAAAUUUUUUUUUAACUAUAAUCACCACUGAAGAGACUUGAAAAAAUUAAUGUUAAUCUUUUUUUUUUCUUUUUUACUUUUCACGAACACAUGUUUGUUAUAUAUCUUGAUGUAAUUACACGCAUUUAAAAAAAAAUAAAAUUCAAAGAAUAUUUCAAUUAAUCACAAUGAAUUUAAAAAUUAUAAAAUAAAUAAUAAUUUUAUUUAAAUAGCAAUUGUUUAUGUGAAUAAAUUAGUAGUAGAAAAUAUUUCUGAGCAUUGUUUAAGAACUGAAACAAUGAGCCUUUAAUAUUUUAAAAUAAUUUUUUCGAUUGAUUUUUAUUUAUGAUUCUGAUGAAUGAAUAAUGUCAAAACAAUAUUUGCUUUUAUAUAUAUAUCCAAUUUUAUAUAAACAGGAUUAUUAUUGUGGCAAAUUGCUUUGUUUAAUCAGUCAUCAGAAGCUUAUUUAAUAUUGAAACAAUUUUAAAUACAUAAUAGCUUUAUAUUAAAUUCAUAUAUUGUAAAUUUAAUAAAAUUUUUUAAAUGUGUUUAAUUUAAACUCAAUGUACAAUGUACAUACUCAAUAUAUUUAUUCAAUAUUAUAUGAAAUUUUCAACCAUAUUUAAUUUAUUAUUUUUAACUGUUUAUCAUCUCGAUUAGCCAACAGUGUCAUUAGUGUCACAAACAAUUAUUGUCACUCAUCAUUACAUUUCCGGCAAUUUAAUUUCAUCAAUUAUUUAAUAUUUUUUUUUUUUGUUUCAUUUAUUUAUUUAUUUAUUUUACUUUAUCGAGAUAAUAAUCAGGCAAAUGGUCGUCGAGUAUAUACACUGUGAAUUUUUAUUUUUUUUUUUCAUUAAUAAAUUAUCACUUUUAAAAUAUUUCAUCGAACAAAUUUCAAUUCAUUUUGAGGAUACUUUUAUCAAUCAAUAUCUGUCAAUUUAUAUUAAUUAAAAUAUCAUAAAAAAAAAAAUGAAAAAUACUCCAAGUCAAAAAUGUUAUAUACAAUUUUAAUUUAAAUUUUUUACUAUAGGCAAAUAAAUAUUUCAAUUACUUUCUUUUAUUUUUUUUGUGCUUUUCUUAUUUAUCUUGAAUUUUGAUACAAAACAUAAUAACACAAAUAUUUUUUAUCGGAUAUAAGAAAGAAAAAAAAUCAAUAAAAGAGUAGAUUGAUUGUGUUGAGGAGUGUCGUGGAGCAAUAUCAAAAUGAAAAAAAAAAAAAAAAUUACAUUUGAAAGGCAAA